AUGGCGGAGGCGGCGCUGCUACUGCAGCCGGAGGCGGCGGCGGAGCGGGACGCUCGGGAGAAGCUGGCUCUUUGGGAUGGGAGACCGGACACGACUGCGCCGCUGACCGACCGGCAGACGGACUCGGUGCUGGAGUUGAAGGCGGCGGCCGAGGACCUGCCCGUGCCCGCCGAGCUCCCAAUUGAAGACCUGUGCAGUUUAACAUCCCAGUCGCUGCCCAUUGCACAGGCUUCAAUAGUGCCUGAAUCUACAGAAGACAUUCUCUUGAAGGGAUUCACCUCCUUAGAAAUGGAAGAAGAAAGAAUUGAAACUGCACAGCAGUUUUUCUCAUGGUUUGCAAAGCUACAAACUCAGAUGGAUCAGGAUGAAGGAACUAAAUAUAGACAGAUGAGGGAUUACUUGUCUGGGUUUCAGGAGCAGUGUGAUGCUAUAUUGAAUGAUGUCAACAAUGCUCUUCAGCAUCUGGAAUCAUUGCAGAAACAGUAUCUUUUUGUGUCCAAUAAGACAGGAACUCUACAUGAAGCCUGUGAACAGCUCCUGAAAGAACAGUCGGAACUUGUUGAUUUGGCUGAAAACAUCCAACAAAAGCUUUCCUAUUUUAAUGAAUUGGAAACUAUUAACACAAAAUUGAAUUCUCCCACGCUGUCUGUGAAUAGUGAAGGAUUUAUACCAAUGCUGGCCAAGUUAGAUGACUGUAUUACAUACAUAUCAUCUCAUCCAAAUUUUAAAGAUUAUCCUGUAUAUUUACUGAAGUUUAAGCAGUGUCUUUCUAAAGCUUUGCACCUCAUGAAGACAUACACUGUGAACACACUACAGAACCUCACAAGUCAAUUAUUAAAAAGGGAUCCUUCAUCUGUACCUAAUGCAGACAAUGCCUUCACAUUAUUUUAUGUGAAAUUUCGAGCUGCUGCCCCCAAAGUCAGAACUCUCAUUGAACAAAUAGAACAGCGAUCUGAAAAAAUACCUGAAUACCAACAACUGCUAAAUGACAUCCACCAGUGUUACCUUGAUCAGCGGGAACUCCUUCUGGGCCCUAGUAUUACUUGUACUGUAACAGAGUUAACCAGCCAGAAUAACAGAGAUCACUGUGCCUUGAUUCGCAGUGGCUGUGCCUUUAUGGUUCACGUAUGCCAGGAUGAGCACCAACUUUAUAACGAAUUUUUUACAAAACCAACAUCAAAAUUAGAUGAACUUUUGGAGAAAUUGUGUGUGUCAUUGUAUGAUGUCUUCAGGCCAUUGAUCAUUCACGUUAUUCACUUAGAGACGUUAUCGGAACUUUGUGGGAUUCUUAAAAAUGAGGUGCUUGAAGAUCAUGUACAGAAUAAUGCUGAACAGUUGGGGGCAUUUGCAGCUGGAGUAAAGCAGAUGUUGGAAGAUGUGCAGGAGCGACUUGUUUACCGAACCCACAUCUACAUUCAGACAGACAUCACAGGCUAUAAACCAGCUCCUGGAGAUCUAGCGUAUCCCGAUAAGUUAGUAAUGAUGGAGCAAAUUGCACAGAGUUUAAAAGAUGAGCAGAAGAAGGUACCACCUUCAGAAGCUUUGUUUUCAGAUGUUCAGUUAGAGGAAGCAGAGCCUCCUGGUAAUCUAACCAAAUCUGGUUCAACCGAAUCUCUCAGUCCUAGGGCGCAGACCACAAUUUCUCCAGCAGAUCUUCAUGGAAUGUGGUAUCCUACAGUUCGACGAACUCUCGUCUGUCUCUCCAAAUUGUACAGAUGUAUAGAUAGGGCAGUAUUCCAAGGAUUAUCACAGGAAGCCUUGUCGGCCUGCAUUCAGUCGUUACUUGGAGCAUCAGAGUCUAUCAGCAAAAAGAAGACUCAGAUUGAUGGACAACUUUUCUUAAUAAAGCACCUUUUGAUUCUUCGUGAACAAAUUGCUCCAUUUCACACUGAAUUCACCAUUAAGGAAAUUUCCCUGGACCUCAAGAAAACUAGAGAUGCAGCAUUUAAAAUCCUGAAUCCUAUGACAGUUCCAAGAUUUUUUAGGCUGAAUAGCAACAAUGCCUUGAUAGAGUUCUUGUUGGAGGGUACUCCUGAGAUAAGAGAACAUUAUCUUGACUCUAAAAAAGACGUAGACCGUCAUCUGAAAUCGGCCUGUGAGCAGUUUAUUCAGCAACAGACCAAGCUGUUCGUAGAGCAGCUGGAGGAGUUCCUGACAAAGGUUUCAGCACUAAACACAAUGGCCAGUCAGGGAGGACCCAAGUAUACUCUCUCUCAGCAGCCUUGGGCUCAACCAGCAAAAGUCAGUGACCUUGUGGCAAGUGCCUACAAGACAAUAAAAGCAAAGCUGCCCCUGACAUUGAGAAGCAUGUCGUUGUACCUGUCCAAUAAAGAUACUGAGUUCAUCCUGUUUAAGCCAGUUAGGAAUAAUAUUCAGCAAGUCUUCCAGAAGUUCCAUGUCUUAUUAAAGGAAGAGUUCAGCCCUGAAGAUAUCCAGAUCAUUGCUUGUCCUUCUAUGGAACAGCUGAACCUCCUACUGUCAGUUUCUAAAUAACCAGGCCCGUCGGGCUGUGUGCGUCAAUGGCCGGUCCGGCAGGAGCCGGCUGCCGAGUGCCACGGCCUGCAGGACACCGGGGGAUUGUGCGAGGGGCUCCCCGAGAGCCGCGGGGCCGCUGCUCCGGGCUGGCCGCAGAAUGAAGUGGAAGCAAAGUGGGACAUGUUUUGUGUUUCUCUUUGGAAAACAUCAAAAUGCCAAAGAUAAGCUAUAAUCUAUGAGCGCUGAUUACUGCCUCAUUUAAAUGGUCACAAGCAGUGUAAGGUUUUAAGAGGAAGCUAUGGUGGGCACGCAGUGAAAUGGUUCUUAAGAAAAAUGUGCAAUGAAAAUAGAUUACAAUAAAUAGUGCAAAGAACUUUACAGAAAUACAGCGAAUUAGAAA